AGACCCCGAGAUGCUUUGCGUUUCUUCCGCGCGCGCGCACGCCACGUCGGCCACAAUGGUAAAACAACGUGCACGCCCCCGCUUAGCAGCGACAAGAUGGCGGUCGCCGCCGGAUCAGGCGUUAAAGUUCCUCGCAAUUUCCGGCUCCUGGAAGAGCUGGAGGAAGGUCAAAAAGGUGUGGGAGACGGGACGGUGAGCUGGGGUCUGGAGGAUGACGAGGACAUGACCUUAACCCGGUGGAGAGGAGUGAUCCUCGGCCCUCAGAGGACGAGCUUUGAAAACAGGAUGUACAAUCUGAAGGUUGAAUGUGGGCCGGGCUACCCAGAGGUCCCACCCUUUGUCAAAUUCGUGACGAAGAUAAACUUGAAUGGCGUGCACACCUCCAGCGGUGUGGUUGACAUGCAUGCGGUGACUGCACUAUCCAAGUGGCAGAACUCCUACAGCAUCCGGAUGGUGCUGCUGGAGCUGCGGCGGCUCAUGACGUGCAAGGAGAACAUGAAGCUUCCUCAGCCGCCUGAGGGCCAGAUCUACACCAACUGAGCCCCCUUCCACGUCUGGCUCCAUCUUUUUCUCCUCUUCUUCUCCUCCCUGCUACCUUCAACUCUUGUUUGCUUUCAUCCCUUUUAUCCUCCACCAUCAUCCGACAUGUGACAUUCCACCUCCUGCCGAUACCUUGGCUGAGCAUGUACACACACACACACACACACACACACACACACACAGAAACACAGAAAAAAACACACACAUGCAUACACACACAGAAACAAAGAAACGCGUACACACACACCCACACACACAAACAAAGAAAAGCCUACACACACACACGCACACUCAUAUAUUAGAGCAUUCAUGAAAAAUUCAUUCCAGGCCCCGCCCCCCCCUCCCUCCCCCAUCACUGGAGCUCUGGGCGGACUCGAUGUGACAAGGCAGGCGGAGUCCUCAGUCCACACCAGAUAUGAUCAUUCGAAUACUGUACAUCUUACUAAUCUUCUUUUUAUUAUUAUUUGUUAAAAAUAAUGCAGAUUGUACAAUAACAUAAAUAAUCUUAUUGAGUGUA